AUGGGAAAGCCACAUGUUCUUUUCUGUGCCUUUAAGCAGCAAGAAUUUACCAGAGUGAAGAAUUGUAAGACAACCAAAGAAAUGUGGGAUUCACUUCAGGCAGCUCAUGAGGGAAACAAGGUCAUAAAGGAAAACAAAAUUCAGCUGUUCAAGGUUCAAUAUGAAGUUUGUAAAAUGGAAGAAAGAGAAACCAUUGCAGAAUAUAUGUUCAAAAUCAAAGAUCUUGUAAACAAUAUGAGAGCUCUUGGUGAAGAUGUUAAAGAUUCUGAUGUGUGUAAGAAAAUUCUCAGAUCUCUCACUUCCAGAUUCAAUGCCAAGGUCACUAUUCUAGAAGACAAAGAUUUGUUCAACAUGAAGAUUGAUGAACUUCAAGCAUCUCUCACAGCUUAUGAGAUGAGAGUUGGUCCUCCUACUUUGCAUAGAAGAGAAACAACACUCAAAGCCAAAGAGAAUGUUGAAGAAGAUAAGUCUAAGUCAGAAGAUGAUCUUGAAGAGGAUGAACCUGGUCAUAUUGUAUCCAAGUGUCCUAACUCUAAAGGCCAAACUCGGAGAAAGUUUGAAGGACUUAACAACAAAGGAAAGUUUGGAAGAAAAGCCUUACUCUCAGACUGGGAAACAGCCAUUGAAGAAGAAGAGAAACUUAAAGAAGAUCAAGAAGAUGAAUGUUUAUUCAUGGCAAUUCUAGAACCAUCAAAAGAGUCUGUUGAAACUGAAGAAGAUACUAACACAGAUAUUGAGGAAAUUCUGGAAGAAUAUGAAAGACUUACUGUGAAGUGCAAUCAACAUAAAUCUCAGAUCAGAAAGCUAAAUUCAGAAUUAUUAAGGUCUAGACAAAUUCUCACCAAACACAUAAAACUUAAAUUGUCAACUAUGUGUUUAAUUUCCCUUAUUUUCCUAAGCAUACUCAAGAUUCAAAGUAACUCUGAGUGGUCUACUAAAAGAUACAAGGAAGAACUGUCUACCAUACUUGAGGAGAGAUCUCCGAAAAUGGCUGAAAUUUGGAAACAAUCUACUAAGCAAAUUGGGAAGACUGGAAUUGGAUAUGUAUGUGAUUCAGCUGCUAAGAUUAGUCAGAAACACUCAACAUUUGUUGUGAAGGCCACUACUAGAGAAGUAUAUGCAAGAUAUCCCAUUGUGAAACCUCCGAGAUCAAGGUUUGAUAUUUUUAACAACAUUCAAUAUCUUUUGAGUUUCAAUCAGAGAGACUUUGUUACAUCAGCUGCAAGGAACUUCAAGAUCACUAAGAUGUAUAUGAAGAAGUCAGACCUAACUCAAGGAGUGAAAGUUAAAGACAAAGGGUCAAUGGACAAAUGGUAUGUUGACAGUGGCUGUUCGAGACACAUGAUAGGUGAUGGCUCAAAAUUUAACUCCUUACAGCAGUUUGAUGGUGGAAAUGUUAUAUUUGGGGACAAUCAAAGAGCUAAGAUUGUUGGAAUUGGCAUUGUGAGUAAGUCUAAAGAGUUGCCAGAGAUUCAAGAAGUUCUAUUGGUUGAAGGGCUCAAACAUAAUCUCCUAAGUGUAAGUCAAUUAUGUGAUAGUGGGAAGAAGUUUGCUUUAACAAAGAAAGAUGCAAUAUGA